GAAGAACAUUGUUCCUCACGAAUACCGAAGACACUUCCCCAUCCAGAUGAAGGACCACAACUCCCAUGACGUGCUCCUGCUCUGCACCUCCUGCCAUGCCAUCUCCAAUUACUAUGACAACCAUCUCAAGCAGCAGCUGGCUGAGGAGUUUGGUGCCCCCAUCGGCUCCGAGGAAGGGGUGCGUCUGCUGGAGGACCCUCUGAGAAGGCAGGUGCGCUCAGGGGCCCGAGCCCUGCUGAAUGCAGACAGUCUGCCUGACCCCCGAAGGGCAGAACUUCUGCAAAGCAUCAAGGACUUCUUUAACACAGAGGCAGUUACCCAAGAGAUUCUCCAGGAAGCAGCUGGUCUGGAAACCAGGAUCUGCAAUGAGAGCUACAUGCCACAUGGACUGAAGGUGGUACAGUGUUUUGCUAAAGGAGGCCUGCGCUCCCUUAUGCAGUUGGAGAGACGCUGGCGACAGCAUUUCUUGGACAGCAUGCAGCCCAAGCACCUCCCAGAGCAAUGGUCAGUGGACCAUAACCACAUGAAGCUGAUCCGAAAGUACGGGGAGGAUCUUCAGAUCAAGCUGUCGUGAAACUAACUUCCUGGACGCUAGAUAGUGUCUAAUGGACAUAUGUAACUGAAGGUGGAAAGACUGUUUUUAUUUUUAUGUCUCCACUAACAUCUGGGCCUGGGUUUGCAAACAGGUGGCAGUAGAUCUGCCAGAUUUGGUGUUUUAUAGAGUUAAAUCUGUUGACUUGAAUUUUCAGGUGGUUUGGAAUUUUUAAUCCUAGUGUGUCACUGACUAGUUCAAUGCAAGAGAACUUGUCUUCUCAAAGUGACUAUGGAGAGUUAUUUUCUACCCCCCAGGAUGUCUGAUGCCUCCAGACCAUCUCUCUUAACGCAGAGCACAAUAUAUGAACAUUUCC